AUGAAAAAACUAUUAGAGUCAAAUAAUGGAUUAGUACAUGCAGUUCAUAUCUCAUUUGCCACAAAUGUCCCUUCGCCUAAUACACAUAAUAAUGAAGAGAGACCAAGAAAAAGACCAGGUUAUGUAUUAUCUCCUGUUUGUUAA